CAAAUUGGUUCACAGCUGGCCGUUUAAAGUUAGUUAAUAAUAUUUUUCAUAAAGUUUGAAAUUAAAUAAAUAAUAUUUAACUUUUUUAAAAAGUAAAAUAUCAGUGUCUGGUUAAUAUUUCCCAUUAAAAAAAGAGAGAUAAGUUCAAAGGAAGAGAGAGAGAGAGAUUUUUUAAGCUAUCGCAGAGGAGGAAAUAAAGACGAAAAGAGAAAACGGUGAACUCUUUUUUAUGUAUUCAUUUCUUUUUACUUUAAAAGAAGUUUGAAGCUUGAGGUUUUGAAACAGUUGUUUUUCGCCGGAAAUUAUGGCGGAUUGUUUAACGGCGGGGUAUUGUCGUUGGAAUAUUGUUUGUUUUUGAGGUUUAAUUGAAAUAGAAGUUCUAUAAUGGAGAGAAAUAGAGAAGGAAGAAGAUCGAACAUAGCUCAGUCAAACGGGUUGCAUAAACGUCGUCAACGGAAUAAUAAUAUCCAAGAUGGAGAGAUGGAGAUGCAAGAAACGGCGAGGUUAAGAGAGAGAACGAGUAAGAGAGAUAGAGAGCGAGAUUUGUCGAAUCGGAGCAAGCGUAGGCGGUCGAAUAAGGUGGUUUUACGUGAAAGCGAUAAGAGAGAAGACGGAGAAGAAAGUACGGAGGAGAGUUCAGGUGGUGAAGAAGAAGAAGAAGAAGAAAACGAAACCGAGCAGCAGCAGAAGCAGCUCAGUAGCCGUAAAAUCUCACCUUCUGCUAGAAUUUCUGGGCAGGCGACUCAUUUGAAGGCCACCGAUGAAAUGAUGAUGAGUUUUCCGGUUCCCAGAAAAGCUCGCUCAGCUUCAGUGAAAAGGUCACAUGAGAAUUGGGUGGCUGGAAAUGGUGGUUUCGUCGAUGAACAUAACCAUCUGCGAGGUUCGGUGUCACCGGCUCGUCGGAGCGUUGAGUCUGACCGUGUUUCACCGUCUUCAUCAAAUGGUUCAGUCAGGAAGAAGAUGAAGACGAAUCGACCCAAGACUCGGCUUCCAAAGGCGACCAAGUCUUCGAGCUCAGCUCAAGAGGAUAUUGAGAUUGAAAUUGCAGAGGUUCUUUACGGAUUGAUGAAGCAAUCGCAUAGCUCCAAGAAGGAAGAUAGCGCUGGAAACCCUUCUUCAAAGCUUGAAUCUGAAGAUGCGAAUGUUUUCUCUACGGAUAUUAAGACCUCUUCUUCUCCUCAGAUUGCAAGCUCUGCACUCAGCCAAUCCCAGACAACAGUUUUAAAGGAUCCAUUAACUGGCCUUGCCUCAAACAAGAGCAAAAUUGAAGUUGUGGGUUCUCCAACUCCACUGAAAGUUGAGAAUGAACAGCAGGCAGAAAUGGGAAUUUGUUCACCAAAAAAGGGUCAAAUUUUGGGACUUAAUGCUGCAAUUUCUGAUAAUGGCGUUGCAAAAACUGCACCAGUGGUAAUGGAGUCAUGGGAGAAUGCAAUGUUGAUUAAGCAAGGAGAUCCGAAACCAUCUGCUGUAGAAGAACCGAAUUCUGUAGAUAGAGCUGUGACCAAGGAAAAAUCAGUUACGACCAAAAAGGAAUCUGCUAAUUUGGGUGUUGAUUAUCUGAAUCCCACCGCGACUGAACCAGUAUCAGCAAUGACAAUUGUGGAAAGCCAGCUUGAAGAGAUCGAUUUGAUGGCUUCUCCUAUGGCAUCAUCUCCAGUAAAGGAUGGCUGUGCGGAUAUAAUGUCCAAUCCUAAUUACAAGUUUCAGGAUGCAGAAUGGAAGGUGGAGACCUUGGUCAAGGAUGAAGCAAAGGUUGUGGAGAAAGAAAUGAAAGCAGAAGAUAGUAAAGGCAAGAAGAUGGAUACAACUAAUGAGAAACGAGAGUUGUUGAACCUUAAUUUGGAGAAGCCGGAUCAAGCUGCUAGUGAUUGUUGUACAUUUGAGCUAGGUCAAAAGCCACAGCUAUCUAAAGUUGGCAUUUCUAAAGUGAUGCAAACAGCUUCAUCUAGUUCAGUGCCUGUGCCAAAUGGUCUGCCACCACUGGGGUAUAUGCCUCCCUUCCAGACAUUUCUGCCUAUGGAUGCAAGUGUCGGAUCAUCCAUGGCAUUGCAGCCCUUUCGUUUCUUGCUUUCCCAACCUCGGCCUAAAAGAUGUGUCAUGCAUCACUACAUUGCUCAAAACAUACAAUCACACCAGCAGUAUGCAAAAAUGAACCAUUUUUUGCCACCACAGAGUGGUUCUGUUUCUCUUUCUGGGGGCAAGCCCAGCAAUCUCAAUGUGGCACCACCUGCAGAAACUUUGAUUCUUGGAAAUCCAUUAGUGAGUCUAAGCCCUACCUUGGAGAAAAGUAAGGUUGCAGCAAGCUUUCCUAGUCUUACCAGGAAAGAUAAAAUCUCUGAAUGCUCAAAGGACGCGACAAAGAAGAAGCAGGUUGUGGUUCAACAGGCUUCCCAACCGGUAUCUACUGGUACCUUGAAGCAUGGCCCUGCUUUCAUAUUCCCUUUGAGUCAGUAUCAAACAACUGCAAAUCCAUCUGGCCCUUCUCAUUCUGCUACCUCAACUGGCAAAGCAUCCUUGACUGAUAAUUCAACACUUGGAAUUUCGACUAGCUCUACAGUGUUACAAGGAGUAGCAGGAGCUGUGAGCUUUAAUUACCCAAAUUUGGCUGCUAACCAGGCUCCGUACUUGACUAUAUUACAGAACAAUGGUUAUCCUUUUUCUAUCUCUGCACCGGUCGGAAACCCAUCAGCAAUUAGAGGAGGAACCCCCAGUCAGUCGUUGCCUUUCUUUAAUGGGCCUUUCCAUUCUUCUCAGAUGUUCCAUCCUCAACUUCAACAGCAGCAAGCUCGCUCUCAGCCUCUGGUUCAACCAGCUUAUCAAAAUACAGUCCCAUCAAGUGGUUCAUCGUCAUCCCACAAGCAACCAGAAAGUCAGCAACCACGGGGUGGACAAGUUUGUGGCAACAAUUUUUUGAGCUCAACAAGCAUGCAUUCGCAGCAGCUUCAGGAGCAUAAUGUUCUUUCAUCCAAUCAAUCUCGUAAAAUGGAGCAGGAGAUGAGUGCAGAGCGUCCAAUUGCGAACUCCCAGAAAAAAGUUCAUUCCCAGAACCCACCUCUUCCUCAUCAGCCGCUCAACUUUGCCUUCGUACCCUCUGCAUCAGUUGGUGGAGGCGGAGUUGAUCUUGUCCCUACUCAAGCAUUUGCCAUGUCAUUUGCGUCCACUGGAAACAACAAAGCUUCAAAUCUUAACUUCUCAUCUAUGGCACAAAACCCUGCAAUUUUGCAUAGCCUACCUGAGUUGGCUCGGCAAGGAUACCAAGUUGCACCUGCACCACAAGUUGCACAGCAGAAGAAUCACCAAAUAUCUGAUGGGAAGAGUGGAUCUAGUUCGACCAGUAAGGAUGAUGGAAAAAAGGCAAGUUCAGGGAAGUCGCAUACAACAAAUGGUCAGACAUAUUUUUUUGACAAUUCAGCUAGAUCUUUGAAUUUUGUAUCCUCUACCGUCACGGGAAACUGGACUCCGUGCUCCAUUACCUCCACUACAGUAGCCAUAAGUCCUCCCGUUGUUGCUAAUACAUCAAAUUCCCAUCAACAGCUGCUUCAACUUCAGAAGCAGCACAUGGUGCAACAACAUCAUCAGCAACCUGCUACAGCUUCUCGAAGCAAAAUUCAGACAACCAACACCAUGCCUGCAUCUUCGAUUGCUGCUAAAUUUUCUAGCAAUGCUACCAUAUACACGCAAACUGUUCCCCAAAGCAACCCUGCUGCACAAUCAACCCCAUGGAAAAACUCAGCUAGAACCCCAGCUUCCCCUGCUACCAAUGUUAAAACUUUUCCCCAGCAACCAUUGAGGCCUCCACAAGGCCAAACACAAAUAUCGUUUGGGGUAAAUACCAAGUCCGUGUUAUCGCCUAAGGCACAAGAAAUACCUACAGCAGCCAGUCUGCAUCGCCUAUGAUUGUUUGGUUUCACGUAGCUGUGGCAACUCGAGAACAAGCUCAACAAGCAACACAGUUGGUUUCAUCAGUUCCUACACUGCCAUCACAACGGGACACAGAUUUCUUCUGCUCGUAAUGGCCAAAAAUCGUCUCUGGUUUGUGGAAGAAACGUGCCUUCAAUCUUUGAGCACAUGCGCCAGCCACCUUUUCUACAGCAGAUGCCUUGUUAUUACAGGAGACCCCCAUGGAAUUUUCAAGGGACAAGGUUUUUGAGGGGACCAGAGCUCUUCAUGUAUGCCUGAGGAACUAAAGAUAUUAAUUGUCUGACAGAUUCAGCAGAGGUGUAAAACCAAAGGAGCUUAUGAAUUGAAUAAAGAUUAGAAGAUAAGAUUUGGGUACAACUCCUGCUGGUACCAAGCAUCACAAUCACAUUGGCUUAAAGGCCUGGGGGGUCAUAGCUCUUAAAGAAGAGAGGAUACUAUUAGAAAAGGGCUGUUAUUAAACCAUGCCAUUUUGAAGUAAGAACCAAAGUAGGGGACCAACCAAUACCAUGUUUUGGAUAAUUUUUUUGCUUUGGGUUGCCCUAUUAAAAGUAUGGUUUGUGGGGGUGUUAAAAUGGGGUCAAAUUUAUUUGAUUGGUUAAAGGUGAUGCUGACAGUGUAAAUAGCUUAAUCAUUUGCUGAGAAAAACGAUGUUCUUAAUUUGGUUACUAUUUUAUUUGAAAAACAUUAACCUUA